AUGGGCUGCAGUUGUUCCAGAAGAACAUUGAAUCCUAAUCAUCCUCAGUUGUCAGACUUUUCAAUUAUUCGUUCUAUUGGGCGAGGAGCUUUCAGCAAGCUUUGUAUAGUCAAAUAUCGCAGGGAUGGUCAACGUUAUGCAUUGAAAUACAUGAGUAAAAAACGCUGCGUCGUCCAAAUGGUUACGAAAAACGUCCUACGCGAACUAGAUUUAUUGACUCAAGUGUCGCAUCCAUUCAUUGUUAAUUUGUGGUUCUCCUUUCAGGAUGCAGAAUAUAUGUAUAUGGUUACUGACCUGUUAUUGGGUGGGGAUUUGCGGUAUCAUCUUAACGAGCAAGGGAGAUUUUGUGAGGACAGAGCAAAACUGUAUAUUUGCGAAAUUGCUCUCGCCCUCGAAUACCUUCAUGGUGAGAAUAUUGUGCAUCGUGAUGUAAAGCCAGAAAAUAUUCUGUUGGAUGAUGACGGUCAUGCGCAUUUAACAGAUUUUAAUUUGGCUGCUAGACUUCAGCCAAAUGUUUUGGCUACCUCAUUUUCCGGUUAG